AUGCAUGCUGAAUGGAAUGAAAUUAAAAAUAAUGACGAAUUGAUCCAACAACGAAUUGAAAAAUAUUCCACCAAACACAAACUUAAUCUUGCACAAAAUAGUUUACUACUUUGGGCCAAGAAUUCCAAUUCUAAUUCAUCCACAAAAUCGAACAUUAUUAUUCUUGAUGAUUCUCCAUCAUCUACAUCAUCUGCUACUACAACAAUCAAUUCUACUGUUACAAAUGAUGUUGGUGCUAAUUUGACAAUGAAUAAAUCACAAAAAAAUGCUAAACCAAAAAACGUGGUACAAAAUCAUUUACGUGGUGUUGCACAAGAAAAAGUUUUUAAUGAAUUAACUGAAGUAAAUGAACGUAUCGCAACACUUGUGCAACUCAAACACAAGCUGGUUUAUCAACAGCUGAAAAUGAAAAACAAUUGA